CGCCGCGAGGGCCGCGCCGGGGCAGAGCCGCGCGAGCGGGCUGAGGCGCGCGCCGGCCGCAGGAGCUCCGGUCAUUGCUGCCCGCUGCGCACGUGCAGCCGCUGCCGUGCGCCGAGCUUACGCCCGCGGCCGCUUUGUUGCCUCUGAACCGCCGGCACCAUGCACACGCCCGGCUCCGCGGGCCUGGGCGACGCGCGUGCGGUUGACAUCAUGGACAUAUGUGAGUCAAUCCUGGAGAGGAAACGGCAUGACAGUGAAAGGUCUACCUGUAGCAUUUUGGAGCAAACAGACAUCGAAGCAGUUGAGGCGCUUGUUUGCAUGAGCUCCUGGGGUCAGAGAUCCCAGAAAGGUGAUCUGUUAAGGAUAAGACCCCUUACACCUGUCUCUGACUCUGGGGAUGUCACCACCACUGUGCUUAUGGACACAGCUGCGCCUGAUCUACCAAAGGACUUUCAUUCUUUAUCAACUCUGUGCAUAACUCCUCCUCAGAGCCCUGAUCUCAUGGAGCCAUCGAUGGGGACACCCGUUCCUCCCCAAGUAACCGAUUCCAAAGCACAUAGGGUCAUGGCCCUCCCCCUUUCCUCACCUGUGGCAGCCAGAGCACUGAACAAGAGGACUGAGAGGGACUUGCUGAGUUUGAAGCUGGAACCCCAAGAACCAGCCCCUGUCCCUGGCUGCAGGGCCUUGGUAACAAGUGUGAUCCGCCACACAGGGGAGAAUCCUGUUUCUACCUGCUUUCCUCCUGCCCAAAUGCAAGAUCAGCGACUAUCCAAUAACAGGGAAGGGGAAGCACAGUUUCUGGGACGUUUUGAAGCUUUGCAGGAUACACGCCUUGCAGACAGUUUACUCAUCGCGAAUGCGGUUUCCUGUCAGCCUUGCUUGCACGGGUCUGGCAGCCUGCUCCCCGCUGACAAAGGCCAGCAGGCGGGGUGGCCUGCUGCAGUUCAGUCCUGCUCACCAAAGAAUUUUGAAAAUGACUUGCCAAGGAAAACCACCCCUCUGAUUUCUGUCCCUGUCUCCAGUCCCCCUGUCCUGUGCCAAAUGAUCCCUACGACCGGACAGAGCAGCAUGUUCUCAGCGUUUUUGAGACCCCCUCCCUUAUUGCCUGUGGGGACUGUCAAAUCCAUCCUACCCCAGGCUGCACCCAUGCCCCAGCCUGUGUUCAUGGGCCCACCCUUGUCUCAGGGAACUGUGAUGCUGGUGCUGCCACAGGGCACUCUCCCCCAGCCUGCCACUUGCCCAUCCAGUGUCAUGGCUGUUGGGAACACCAAGUUGUUGCCCCUGGCCCCUGCCCCAUUGUUCAUUGCCUCUAGCCAAAACUGUGCCCCUCAGGUAGACUUCUCCAGAAGGAGAAACUACGUUUGCAGCUUCCCGGGCUGCCGAAAGACCUACUUCAAAAGUUCCCACCUCAAGGCCCAUCUUCGCACUCACACAGGGGAGAAGCCGUUCAACUGCAGCUGGGACGGCUGUGAUAAAAAAUUUGCGCGUUCAGAUGAACUGUCUCGCCACCGAAGAACUCACACUGGGGAGAAGAAGUUUGUGUGCCCCGUGUGUGACCGGCGUUUCAUGCGCAGUGACCACCUGACAAAGCAUGCCCGCCGCCAUAUGACCACCAAGAAGAUCCCGGGCUGGCAGACGGAGGUCGGCAAGCUGAACAGGAUCGCCUCAGCGGAGUCUCCUGCCAGCCCCCACGUGCCCCUGCCUGCCUCUUCCUGAGAGUCGAUGGGCGUCACUGAUUCCAAAAAGCCGCUCGGGAAUGGCUGAUGCCUUCCUCCAAAAACGGCAUCAGAAGGUCGGGAGCUGGUUCUGAUGGAAGUGUGUUAACUCUUCUUUUCUGGUUGGGACCCUGUUCGGUAUCUUUUGUAGUUUGAGAAGUUUCUUUCUUUCUUUCUUUCUUUCUUUUUAAAGGAAAUAGAGGAAAAUUUGAUGAUCUAAGUCACCAGCAUUCAAACAUUUUGGCAAUAAAGUUUACAAAAUCUGGAUUUUUACAACCUUUCUAUUCAUAUUUUGUAGAAAUGAGACAGGGUACUAAUUUUAUACUGUUUUUUAUAAAAAUAUUUAUAUUGUUGGUGCUCCAAUCAUCAGUUUCUAGAUAGAUGAUUUUUACCACCUUACUUUCAGUGUUUAAUAGCAAAGUUUUAUGACUCUGCUUUUGCUUUUAGUAAGCUUGGUACAUCGUUCAGCAAAAAAAAAAAAAAAAAAAAAAAAAAUCACAAGU